UCGAUAGGAGAUUACCGGUAGUGUGCCAGUGGUUUAAUGCGGUGUACAUAGAGGCAGUGCAAGGUAGCCAUACGCCAUAACGGCAUACAUCCAGACGGAGGGCGGAUAGGCCUAGGCUUCGCGUAUAAGGCAGACAUGACCGACAUACGUCUCUUGAUCUUGGGCAUUGCCAUUGUGUUGCUGACAGAAGGGGCAGAUGCGGAAGGAUACAACAGUCAUGGACAACCAUACACACGGCGAGAAGGUCACUACCUCCCACCCAUUACUCACGAAUCGCUGAAAUAUGCGUGCCGGUUUCCGUCCGUGCUCGAUCUGCAUCGUAAAGGUUACGGCUGCGGCCACGGAGGUUACGGGGGAAGUCAUGGCAGCCAUGGCAGCCACGGCGGCUACGGUAGCCACAGCUCGAGCGGUUACGGACAUCACCAGAGACCCUACACGAAGGGAGAAUCCGGCUACGUCGGCUACGUGCCGUACGGACCUGGUCCGGGAAAAGUGAUCGAGUACCUGAACACCGGCCACGGCUAUGGAGGUCACGGCGGAGGUCAUGGAGGUCACGGCGGAGGUCAUGGAGGUUACGGUGGAGGUGGCUACGGCGGAGGUCACGGUGGAGGGGGCUACGGGGGAGGUAGUCACGGUGGAGGGGGCUACGGGGGAGGUGGUUACAGCCACUGA